AUGUUCAAGAGAAUCUCGAGUGUUUUGCCACAGCGUUUGGCAGUUAUUUCUCGUCCUUCAUUGACAAGAGCCUAUGCAGCUUAUAAUCGUGCCAAGCCACACGUUAACGUUGGUACCAUUGGCCACGUUGAUCAUGGUAAAACCACGUUGACUGCAGCCAUCACCAAGGUCUUGUCCGAAAAGGGCCAAGCUAAUUUCUUGGACUACGGUUCAAUUGAUAGAGCACCAGAGGAAAGAGCUAGAGGUAUCACUAUUUCAGCUGCCCACGUGGAGUACGAAACCGAUAAAAGACACUAUGCCCACUCUGAUUUGCCAGGCCACUCCGAUUACAUCAAGAAUAUGAUUACUGGUGCUUCUCAAAUGGACGGUGCCAUUAUUGUUGUUGCUGCCACCGAUGGCCAAAUGCCUCAAACGAGAGAACACAUGUUGUUGGCCAGACAAGUUGGUAUUCAAAACUUGGUUGUGUUUGUCAACAAGGUCGACACGAUCGAUGAUCCUGAAAUGUUGGAAUUGGUUGAGAUGGAAAUGAGAGAAUUGUUGGCUUCUUACGGAUUCGAUGGUGAGGCUACUCCUGUUAUUAUGGGUUCUGCAUUGUGUGCUUUGGAAGGUAGGCAACCGGAAAUUGGUGUUCAAGCCAUCGAAAAAUUGUUGGAUGCCGUUGACGAACAUAUCCCAACCCCAGAAAGAGAUGCCGACCAGCCAUUCUUGAUGCCCGUUGAAGAUGUCUUUUCCAUCUCUGGUAGAGGUACCGUCGUCACCGGUAGGGUCGAAAGAGGAAGCUUGAAAAAGGGUGAAGAAGUUGAAAUCAUUGGUGAAAACUCGUUUAAAGCCACUUCCACCGGUGUUGAAAUGUUUAAGAAGGAAUUGGACGCUGCUAUGGCCGGUGACAACUGUGGUAUCUUGUUGAGAGGUGUCAAGAGAGACGAAGUUAGAAGAGGUAUGGUUUUGGCUAAACCAGGAAGCUGUACUCCUCACCAGAAAUUCUUGGCUUCCAUCUAUAUCUUGACCGCCGAAGAAGGUGGUCGUAGCACUCCAUUUGGUGAAGGCUACAAGCCCCAAUGCUUCUUUAGAACCACCGACGUUACUGCUACAUUCUCCUUCCCUGAAGGUGAAGGCGUUGACCACUCCCAAAUGGUUAUGCCAGGUGACAACGUGGAGAUGAUUGGUACUUUGAUCAAGAAGGCACCAUUGGAAUUGAACCAGCGUUUCAAUAUAAGAGAAGGUGGUAAAACCGUGGGUACCGGUAUGGUUACCAGAAUUAUCGAGUAG